AUGGCUGCGCCAAAUUCGUGCCGAAUUUCAUCCCUCCCUCCCUAUUUUCGCACUAAUUUACCGAGUCUCAUCACUGUCUCGCUAGACACAAGUUGCACCAAACACACACAAAUAUCUCCAAAACCGUGCCAAACUGCCCUUUCUAACACCUGUACAACGAUGAGUGACAUCAAAACUUCCAAAGACGCCUUGGUGUCUGCCUUAUUUGAGCUUUCCAAGGCCGCCCAGGACGCCGCGUCCGCUACCGUCAACUUUUACAAAGUUGCUCACGAUUCUUCCAACGACGAAUCUUUGACUGCGUUGGCGUCUGCCAUCAACUCGGUGGCUCCUGCGCUCGAGCUCGUGAACUCUGAAGUCUCGAAGGAGUCUGAAGCCAAGACGGAAGAAGGAGAAAAACCAAAGGGAAAAAAGGCUGCGAAAGACGGAGCUGCUGCACCAGAAAAAAAGAAGAGAAAGGUGGAAAAGGACCCCAAUGCUCCCAAAAAGCCACUCACUAUCUACUUUGCGUUCUCCUUCCACACUAGGGAGACCAUCAGAGAAGAAAGAAAGAAAAACAACGAACCACCUUUGUCCGCGGUGGAAAUGAACGAGCUUGUCAAAGAGAGAUGGAACUCGAUUUCUGCCGAGGAAAAGUCCCAGUGGCAGAAAAAGUACCAGAAUGAGUUGAAGGAGUACCAGAAGGCUAAGGAAGCUUACCAGGGGAAAUUGGAAGCGGAAAAGGCCGCAGAGGUCAAUUCUUCAGCGGUCCCAGCUGAAAAACCUGCUGAGGAAACAAUUGCUCCUUCGGAGCCUGUGCCUGCUCCUGCCAGUCCUACCACCACCGAGGCCGCCAAGAAGUCCAAAGAGUCCAAGAAACGCAAAUCUGAAGGAAAAAAGCACGACGACGGCACCAAGAAGAAGAAGGAAAAGAGCGACAAGAAGAAAGAAAAGACGGAGAAGGAGAAGGAAAAGUGA